CUGGUCUCAGCACCAUUCGUCAGACAAGUCGAACAACACUUCACAGAAUCAUACAAAAUGCAGAAAAAUUUAGUAGUAUUUGUAGCUGCUCUGGCGCUUGUCGCAGCCGAAUCUGUGUUAGUACAAGAUGAAGAAGGAAGACAGUUCUACCUCACUUCUGUGUCUAGCCGCCAGAAAAGACAAGCUGACGGCCCUAAACUUUCCGGUGAGGGCGGUGGAAACGGAAAAUCCCAAGGUGGAUUCGUCAAAUUGGAGAAUCCUAACGGUUCCGGAGGUAGUCUUGGUUACGGACAUGCCAACGGUUUCGGUCACGUAGUCAGCGCCGACGCCAUGGUGCCAGUUUGGUCUAACAAGAACAGGUUUGGAGAGUCUACCUUCAAUGUCGGCGGUGGAGCCACUCGCAAAUUCGGCGGCUAUGGAGGAAAUAUGAAUUUGGACAAGAGGGUUGGGAUCAGUUUCAACCACAGAUGGUAAAUGGCCACAAAAUACGUUGUUUAUUAUUUAUGUAAAUU